AUUCUUAAAUAUCUCAUUAUUUUAUUAGGGUACCACAUUCCCUUGCAGCUGUAGUAUCAGGAUUAGUCAGCUGCUUAUGGGAAAGAAUGCGGAAUCCUUCUUGUGCUCAAGUUAAUGUUAUAGAAAUGACAACUCUGUCAGAGAGUCAGAAUGCUGAUUGUGAAACUGGAAGAAGUCAGGAUCAGCAAUGUUCAAAGAAGUCUAAUUUACAGCAUCAGAUAUUUGGAUCAUCAUUAAGAGAUUUGAAAGAACAAAAUGAUAAAAGUAAACAUGCAGUACCCUAUGUUCUUUAUAGACUAUGUACUUUCAUAGAAAUGAAAGGUUUAAGUGAACGAAGAUUAUUUAAUUCAGAAUGUAAUCAAAGGCAAAUAGAGUAUAUGAAAUCUUGUUUUGACCAAGUAGGAGAUGCUCCUCUUGAAACUGAAGGAAAUGUUUUAUUAACAGCAAAUUUGUUGAAAUUAUUUCUAUUAGAGUUAGCUGAUCCAGUUAUACCAUCAUCUAUGCAACCUGCUUUUACAACUGCUUUAAGUGGUCAAAACAGAGAAGAAUGUAUGCAUAAUUUAAAACAAAGUCUUCAAAAUAUUCCCCCUAAAAAUUAUACUGUUGUUAAAUAUUUGUCUCAGUUUUUGCACAAAGUAACUUGUCAUGAAGAAGAAAAUGAAACUGGUGCUGCUGUAUUAGGAAGUAUAUUCUCUCCUCUUUUAUUCAGAGUAAAACAGUUGGAUACCAAGCAAAGAUUAUUAAUGGAUAAAGUUGUUAUUUUUUUUAUUUCUGAUUACUAUAAUAUCUUUGGAACUGAAAAAGUGAAUAUUUCCAAGCCAGAAACAGAUGUAAAUGGAGAACAUUUUAAUUCUUCAAAGUGUUUUGAAAAUAGAAAGAUUUCACCAGUACCUUCUUCAGUGAUGCCAUUAUUGCCAUUGAAGCCAUUGUCUGUAGAUAUUCCUCCUUUAGAUGAUAACUUACUAGCACUUACAUCACUGCAGUCAACAGGACCUGAUGAGCAAAUUCCUGUUCUUAUUAUUGAUAGUGAUCUGAAAAGUUCCAAAUACAUAAUUGAAGAAAACAUAACAGUUGGACGAAGUGAUAAUGUUUUAAGUAGAAAGCGCAAAGAAAGAAGGCCUUCGGGGGAAGAUUUGCAACCUUUGAGAUCAAGCUCAGAAGAAAGACCACCAUUUAAAAAAGAUGAAUUGUUUUUUACGGGUAAAGAACAUAUCAGACGCUUUAACAGCCAUGAGGAAGUAAGAGUAUUAUCAGAUUCCAUGAAUAUUGAAAACACUCAAUUACAGAAAGAGAUUGAUAUGAAUAAACAAAAUACUACUUUAAAAAUGAAAUACAACAUAACAGUAAAAGAAUUAACAUUUCAUGAUAUUAGAGAUCAUAGCCCACAUCCCCCUAAGCCAAAAAGAAGAGAGUUAGAUUUUACUAAUUUUCAUGAAAUGAAUUUUGUUGAAGAGAAAUGCAUCAGUUUAAUGGAUAUAUCUAAUGACUGCAAUAUGUAUAAGAAGCCACACUAUUCAUCAGUGAAUCAUGUUGAUUAUGGAAAGAAGAAUGCUACAAUUAAUAGUUUUCAAACCACAGAGUAUGAAAAAACAGUGAAACAGUGUUGGAAAGAAGAUACAACUUCAGUUUCACAAAUGGAAGAGGAGGAGGAAACAGAUUCACUUAAAGAAAAUGUAAUAGAACAAAGACCACCAAAACCUAGUAAUAAAGUGAAAGAAGAAAAAAUAUUUAAUAAUCAUGGAUCAACAUUAUGGAAAGAUAAUUACAGCUUCCAAGAUGAUAAAUUCAAUUCAGAUGAAUCUCUCAGUAAAUCUCAUAAACAAGUCUUAGAAAGUAAUACCUGUGAUUAUUCAGAACUCUCUUGCACACACACAGAAUUUCAUUCAACUCAUGAUGAAAACUUUAAUAGUUCACCAGAUAAAAGUGAUCUCUUUCCUCCUCUAGAUCUCACUUCUUUACAUGAACAUGGUGAUGGCAAUGAGCCUGUUCUUUCAGAGCAUAGAUUCAGCUGGCCAUUAUUAAAAGCUGCUCAAGAAGAUGAUGCAAUGCUCUCUCCGUCUGUUAAUUUUUUAAGGAAAGCAAGUUCUUAUGAAGCACCAUUAUCACCUAGUGCGUACAAGAGUUAUCUCUCUCAUAGAAGCUUACACUUGGAUCCUAAUAUUCCACCUUCUCCUCCUGUAGAACAAGACGUCUUAUAUUAUAUUAUUUGCGUGAUUGAAGGAGGCAAAUAUAUCUUUGUCAGUAACACUGUGUGUUCAUAA